AUGGCCGCCAAUGGUACUUUCAAUCAACAAGACCAAUACAAGACAACCGAACAAUAUCCAGCUACUUCAGGUGCCGCUGGCUCCUCAACCGGAGGUGCUUCCGGUGGAGAGCUCUCUAAAGAUGAAGUUGGAUGGUACUUUGUUGAGCAGUAUUACACUACUUUAAGCAAAUCUCCAGAAAAGCUCCACCUCUUCUAUGGAAAGCCAUCCCAAUUCGUUUCUGGUGUCGAGGGAGCUCAAGCGCCAGUAUCUGUUGGCCGAGCUGGUAUCCAAGAACGUAUUCGCGAGCUUGAUUUCCAAGACUGCAAAGUUCGUGUCACCAACGUCGAUUCCCAAUCCUCCUUCGAUAACAUCGUCAUUCAAGUAAUUGGUGAAACUUCCAACAAAUCUGCCGAGCCCAAGAAAUUCGUUCAAACUUUCGUUUUAGCUCAACAAGCUACCGGUUAUUUCGUUCUCAACGAUGUCUUCAGAUAUAUCAAUGAUGAGGGUGAAGAGGAGCAAGUUGAGGCUACUGAGAACAAGGAAGAGUCUGCGCCAGCUGCAAUUGCUGAUGACGUCGAAAUGCCAGCUGCACCAGCUGCUGCGGAGGAGUCUGCAGCUCCAGAAGCUACUUUAGAUGCCGAGGUCGUUGACAAGAAGUUGGAAGAGACUAUUGAGGCUGAGCCCGCCACUGCCGAGCCAACUACAAAUGGAGAACCAACUGAGGCUGUUACCGAAGUUGAGGAGAAGCCAGAAGAGCCAAAAGCUGAGGAGCCAGCCCCUACACCAGAGGAAAUUGAGAAGGCUGUUGAUGAGGAAGUCAAGGAAGCCGAAAAGCCAAAGGACCCUGUUCCGACUCCAGAGCUUUCCAGACAACCCUCUGCCGCCAAGCCAGCACCUGUUCAACCAGCUACCCCAGCUAAGCCAUUGAGUUGGGCUGCCCGAUUUGCCGCUUCAGCUGGCACAGCACCAAAACCCGCUGUACCAGUUGUGCAACCAAAGGCCGCCGCUCCAGCUGCACAAAAGCCCGCUGCUGUCGCUCAAACAGCUGCUAAGCAACCAACAACCCCAGCCACAACCGCUGCUACUCCAGCUGCCGAGAAGAAGGAUAACUCACCAACAGGUUCUGCCGGAUGGCAAACCGCUGGAGGUGAUGCCAAGAGACAAAAUAGACCUCAAUCUAUCUCUCAGCAAGCAACAGAAGACAAGGGAACUUUGGGAUACGUUCGUAAUGUCAACGCUUCAGUCAAGGACGAUGAAUUGCGCUCCAUCUUGAGCUCUUUCGGCGAGUUGGUCUACUUUGAUAUCAACCGCGCUAAGAACUGUGCUUUUGUUGAAUACGCCAAUGCCUCCGGUUAUCAAGCAGCCGCUCAGGCCAACCCCCACAAAAUCGGUGAAGAAACUAUCUACGUUGAACCUCGCCGACCAAAGGCUUCUGCAUACGGUGGAAAUGGUUACUCCGGUGGUGGACGUGGUGGAAUGAACCAACGUGGCCGUGGUGGAUUUGAACAGGGUCGUCCUGGAAAUCAAUCUCGAGGCAACUUUGGUGGAGCAAACCGUGGACGUGGAAAUGCUAAUGGACCAAGAGGAGGUCGUGGUGGUGCCACUCAAGCAGCUUAA